CCACGAACCACUAGGAUCUUGAUAUCGGUUCUUGAUCUAUUCCAGCCAUGCACAGCUCCAAUGUGCUGGAUGACUUGUUCUUGUGGUCAGCGGCGCAGCCCUACGGCCCUUUGAAGGAUCCUGGUCUGCCUUCCAGCCGGGAAUUGGACGAGCUGUUCCGAGCGAACUUGUUGAGCCAGCCGUCAAGCCCACCCGCGCUGAAGGCAGCAGGCAGCAGAGUUGGAAGAGGCGGCGAGAAGAGGAUGGAGACGGUCCCGGCGGUCCUCCCAGGAGCCUCGGGUGCCAAGAAGGCAGUUGCCCCAUGGAAGGGUGUCGUCGUCCGUUCGUGGACUUCUGGUGAUGAGAGCCGGCAAACGGAUGAAGCCAAGCGCGACAUCUUAAUGAAAGAAAGAUAUCACCCGCCGAGGGUGCAACGGGUGGGUCUCGGUUUGCGUGAUUUGGCUGCGGCCUAAGAUGAUGAAAGCAUGAGGCAGUUGUGUGGUUUGGCUCCUCUUUUGCUGCA